GAGGAAGAGAGAGAGAGGGAGAGACAGAGAGAGGAGGAGGGAGACAGGAUGCUGCAGCUCUGCAGGAUCACGGACGCCCUGCUGAUCAGCAACGCUCGCUCGGCCUGCAGCGACGAGCUGGUCCGGCAGGAGGGCGUCACCCUGUGCAUCAACGUGUCCAAGCAGCAGCCGUUCCCCUCAGCCCGCGUGGGCACGCUCAGGGUGCCCGUGUACGACGACCCCGCCGAGAACCUGUACCGCCACCUGGACCGCUGCGCGGACGCCGUGCGCGGGGAGGAGGGCCGCGGCGGGACCACCCUGGUGUACUGCAAGAACGGCCGCAGCAGGUCCGCCGCCGUCUGCGCGGCCUACCUGAUGAAGCACCACUCCCUCUCCCUCGCCGACGCCUUCCAGAUGGUGAAGACGGCUCGCCCGGUGGUGGAGCCCAACCCAGGUUUCUGGGCACAGCUGGAGAAAUACGAGCAGGAGCUGGAGAGGAGGAGGGCGGAAGAGAGCGGAGACCUGACUGCGCCUCCUCGCUAACCCGCUCCUCCGAAACCAAGAGCUGCAGACACACUAUCAGCUGAAAACACUUGAACUUUAUUUAUUCAUUUAUUCACUCCUAUAUUUAUUAAUUUGUUUGCGUAAAACGGGCAGGUGAGCAGAGAAUAUCGGCAAACUGGGUGAUUAAGUUUGGGGAGGGACUUUGUAGACAAUCAGCAAACAAAAUCAAGAUUGAGUGGUCAGAUUUUGAGUUAGUGAGACAGUUUUGAAAAAUCACCCUGUCUGCCGUUGGAUUUUUAAUAACAGUGAGUCACUGAGUCAGGGCCUUUUUAAACACAGGACUUAGAUAAUAUAGAUAAAGAGUACACCGGGGAUUUGGAAGCCCAAGGCUACUCAGCUUGGCAUGAGAUGGCUGUACGAUAGCAUGUAUUCUUAAUACUAAACAAUAUAGGCGUAUUCAUUUUACACUGUAAUUAUCAGCCAUUAGACCAAAAGAGAUUGCAUAUCAGCUGUGUAAGGGCUUCUCUUGCAUUCAGACACCACCGCUACCAGACAGACCUGCAGCAGCCAUAACUGGGAGUGGGUGGAGCAAUCAAAGGGUUUUUUUAUGUAGCCCUUCCAGUGUACCCUCAACCAUAAAAAGCCAUAUAACGUGUACGAUUAUAAUACUGUUAAUGCUUGUUACGAUCAAUUCAGGGGACUAACUGCCAAAAAGUUAAUGAAGAAUAAAAUAAAAUAAAUCAACAAACA